AUGGACGUGAUCAAGGUUGGGCGCGUGCCCGGCUGCUCCUUGAAAAUCAACAUCAACAACAACCACCACUACAACAACAACAGCGCCUCCCAAUCUCCCGCUUUGGCUGUAGUCCCCGCCCCAUCUGUGGCCGAGACAGAGGAUGAGCGCGAGGCCAUUGUUCGACGUGUCAAGGACGCCAUCAAAGCCGUGCAGCUGCAUUUCACCAGCCAAGUCGGCCUCGCCACCAGUGCGGACGCCCGCGUGGCCACGCUAAUUGCCCAGUUGGAAUCCGCCUUUGUCCACGGCCUCAAAAGCGCGCGCCGCCGUCAGGCGGAAGUUUCCUUUUGGCCAAUGGUUCGCGAGCUUCUCGAGUCGGCUGAUGUCGUGCACUACACUUGUCUCAAAAAUAUCACUACCGACAGUGGUCGAGGUCGCGCCUGGCUGCGCACAGCCCUCAAUGAACAACUGCUCCAGUCCUUUUUCGAGCGGAUAGAAAAACAUCAAAGCAUUGUUCGGCAAUACUACGAUGACUAUGCGCUCUUGCUGGAUCAUGAGCGGGCCCAUGUCUUUGCCAUGCUCUUCCAAGGACUGGAAUCUACGCACUUUGCUCUUGAGGUGGAUACCAGUGAAAUCAAUGCACCCCGUUACGUAACUCGCAGUGCUUCCGUGGGAUCGGGCGCUGCCGCGGCCUCCAAUGGACUUGCAACGACCAUCAGCCCUGUCCCUGCUAGCACUGGGAUCCCCGAUGCCGAUGGUUUAGAUGAAGGCAACAACGGCGAAGAUGAUUUUGUCCGCGAACACUCGGUGACUGUCGUGAAUCAUGACAUGACAAUUCUUAAAACCAAAAAGCGUAGCAAGAAGAAAAAAGUCAAAAAGCGCCCCUCCAUCUCAGAAGAGAACGCUGAUGGCUCGGAUACGGCGCCCGCAUCAGAUGCUCCUUCAACCUUUUCAUCCAUUGCCGCAGCUGCCCCAAGCAUGAAUGACUUUAGUAGCACUGUGGCUCGUCCCGCAGAGAGCGCCGAUUUUAUGGGCAGCAUCGAGGAAGGCCAGCGAGACAGCGAUGAGGAGGUUGAUUUUGCUAACAUGACGGCCGAGGAACUCAGCGCUCACGUAGAGGACGUCAAGGCGGAGUGCUCGCGUUUGCAAUCAGAGCUAGCCACCAUCUCAGACUCCAAGCGCAAACUCCAAGCGACGCUCCAGACAACGACAGCGGCCCACCAGGAGGCUGUGCAAUCGUUUCGGGUAAGGAUUUGA